AAGAAUUAUGUAAAAUAUUUAAACCAUUUAAUGAAGUAACAACAUUUUUUAGUGGAGUUAAUUAUGCAACAAUAUCAUCAAUAUUACCAAUUAUCGAAGCAUUAAAAGUAAUUUUUAAAAAAAAAUUAAAAGAGAAAUUUAAAAUUAAUUUUGAAGAUUUGGAAGAUGAAGAUAAUAAUAAUAAAAAUAAUGAUAAUAAUG